AAAACAAUAAAUGAAUCCAUGUAAUUCAUCGAAAAACCAAAGACUAGUUGUGAGUUGUGACCACUCCUUCCGCUCCGCCCAAUUUAACCCGCCUUUAUCUUCAUUCCAAAGAAUAAGACUGCAAACUUAUCUCUCCAAAUUCACACAUAAAUAAAGGAUGGAUACAGGUAGGAAGGCUCAAGUAGUAGUGAUCCCAUACCCCGCACAAGGCCACAUCAACCCCAUUCUUGCAUUCGCCAAGUCUUUAGCCUCCAAAGGCCUUCUCGUCGCCUUCGUCACCACCACUUCCAUCGCCAAAUCAGCUACCUUCUCCGACUGCGCCUCCCUAACCCUACACACCGUGUCCGAUGGCUCCGAGCACGUGGAUGGGACCGAGACCGUUGAGGCAUACUUCAACCGCCUCAGGUGCAAAUUCUCCACAAAUCUGGCGGAUUAUAUAGACAGCCACAUGAGAGGCGCGAGGGCUAUUAUCUACGACUCGGUAAUGCCGUGGGUGCUGGAUAUCGCCAAGGACCGGGGUAUGGUCGGGGCGUGUUUUUUCACUCAUAGCUGCAGCUUCUCCGCCGUGGUCCACCAUUUGGGACAAGGGUUGCUGCUGCGUUUUCCGUACGAGGAUGACGUGGCGGUGGUGUCGUUGCCAGCUCUGCCUCGGCUUGAGAAGAGAGAUCUGCCUUCCUUUCCUCAUUUGGCGCCGAAUUUAAAUCUCCAUUAUCUUGUCAAGCAUCUUACUGAUCAGUUCUCUAAUCUUGAGAGAGUGGAUUGGAUCUUCUUUAACACCUUUGACAAGUUGGAAACUGAGAUACUCGAGUGGAUGAGAAGCCGAUGGGCGAUCGCGACGAUCGGACCGACAUUCCUACUACACGGCCAAGACAAGAAGCAAAGCAUCAGCAUGUUCGAGCCGAAGGCCGACGCCUACCGAGAAUGGCUCGAGUCGAGAGGCCCCAACUCCGUCGUCUACGUCUCAUUUGGAAGCAUCGCCUCUCUAGAAAAAGAGCAGAUGGCGGAACUCGGCCACGCUCUUCUAGCCACGGGCCACCACUUUCUAUGGGUGGUCCGAUCCUCCGAACUCAACAAGCUCCCUCCCGACUUUGCCAAUACCACGGCCGGGAAGGGUCUAAUCGUAGAAUGGUGCCACCAGCCCGAGGUGCUGGCGCACCGGGCCGUGGAGUGCUUCGUGACGCACUGUGGGUGGAAUUCGACUCUCGAGGGGUUGAGCCACGGGGUGCCCCUCGUGGCGAUGGCGCAGUGGGUGGACCAGACCACGAACGCGAAGUUUGUGGCGGAUGAGUGGGGGGCUGGGGUGCGGUGCGGCGGAGGAGAUGGGAUUGUUGGGAGGGAGGAGAUUGCGAUGUGUAUUGAGAGAGUUGUUGGAGGGGAUGAGAUUAGGAGGAAUGCUUUGAGGUGGAAGGAAUUGGCGGCGGAAGCAGUGGGGAAGGGUGGGAGCUCCGACAAUAAUGUUGAGGAUUUUGUUUCCAAAAUUCUUCUUGGUUGAACAAUUUCGGAGCUAGAAAAAAUAAUUAAAUAAAAUAAUACUCCUUCCCUCCGUCCCAACUAA